AUGAAGCCGAUGUCAUCAACACAGUUCGCAGUCGCCGCUUUCCUCCUUGCUGUCCGUUUUGCGAGCGGCGAUGCAGAUGCUGCCCCCAACAGCACAAAGGUGGGGAUGAAAGUCACUGGCCAGGACAAUGCAACCUCCCGCUCCUUCAAUGCAUCAAAUGGAACCAAUGGAACAGGAAUCCUGGAGGAGGUCAUGGACAUCGAAUCUCAGCCCAUGUUCGGCAUGGUUCUUGGCGGGUUGGUCGCCAUUUGCGCCGUCAUCUCUUUUUGGCAGUGCUUCAAGUGGCUGACAGGGCCAAAGCGAGCACCGGCACCUCUUCUUGCUGAUACAGAGCUGACAGAAGGGGACCCAGUGCACGGAGAUCAACCCACCGGCUUAUGGAUGGGAGGGACUGGGCCAGCUCGUGAGCUCAUGUCCGGCACAUCGGCCGGCUUUACUCAGUUUUAG